CAUCCUACAACAUUUUGCAAAUAGCAUCACGUCUUCCCAACGAUCCCGUUACAUAACAUUCAUCCUAAUACAAACUAGCUUCUAAUGGUGGAAGCUUCAGUUUGUUGACACACCGUCUCCUACAUUUUCACUUUAGUCAGGCAACUAUCUGUUCCUGACUCGAAGUCUAAUUACGUAUCAUAAAAGCGUUUAAUCCAAUAUCAAGAUGCCUCCUGGACGUCCCGCCCGUUCAACACGCGUCGUUUCCAACGAGAACGAUGAGAAUUCCACGCGUAUGACGCGUGCUAAGGCAGCUACCCUUAACGUCGAUGUCACUUCUCAAGCCACAAAGCAGCCUCUCCAAUCCAAGAAGUCAGCAGUCAACCUCAACCCUGCCGCCCAGCGAAAACGCGCUGCUCUCGGCGAUGUUAGCAAUGUCGGAAAAGGUGAAGCAGCGGAAGGAAAGAAGCCUGCAGCCGGAAGCAAGGCUGGCUUGGUCUCCAAGGCCGCACAACCUACUGGUGUUCAGAAGAGCCAUACUCGUACCGCAUCGACUCGAUCUGCUUUAGGCCCCAAAGAUGCGAAGAAGCCUGAGGUGAAGCGUGCGGGUUCUGGAUCUGGUGCCAUCGGUGCACAUAAGAGGAAGGUCACUUCAACCACUAUCAAGCACGAUAUCCUUGAGGAAGAGCCGGUUCGUAAGAAGGCUCACACUCUUGAGAAUGAGCUUAAGAAGCAGGACCGAUCUGAUUCUAGCUCAGAGAAGCUGGAUUUUGAGAAGGCGUCUCUCAAGGAGGCUGGCCCCUACAAGGAGGACGUUGCUGUUGUGCUCCCCGAAGGUGUUAAGGAUCUGGAGCAAGAUGGCAUAGAUGAUCCUCUAAUGGCUGCCGAGUACGCCCACGAGAUUUUCGAAUACCUCCGUGACCUCGAAUGCAAGGCGGUUCCCAACCCACAAUACAUAAUACACCAAGACGAGCUAGAGUGGAAGACGCGAAGUAUCUUAAUCGACUGGAUGAUUGAGGUUCACACUCGAUUCCACCUCCUUCCCGAGACUCUAUUUCUAGCCACGAACAUAAUCGACCGCUUCCUAUCUCAGAAGGUCGUCCAACUUGACCGCGUACAGCUCGUGGGCAUCACAGCUAUGUUCAUCGCUGCCAAGUACGAAGAAGUCUUAUCCCCCCAUGUGAGCAACUAUCGAAUGGUUUCGGAUGAUGGCUUUAGCGACGCAGAGAUCCUUAGCGCAGAACGAUUUAUUCUGGAGACUCUCAACUACGAUCUAAGCUAUCCUAACCCUAUGAACUUCCUCCGUCGUAUCUCCAAGGCGGAUGACUAUGAUAUCCAGUCUCGUACGAUUGGAAAGUAUCUUAUGGAGAUCAGCAUCGUCGACUACCGAUUCUUGCAAUUCCGACCCAGCCAUGUUGCCGCUGGUGCCAUGUAUCUCGCACGGAUGAUCCUUGACCGAGGUGAAUGGGAUCCGACUAUCGCGUACUAUGCUGGAUACACUGAGGAAGAGAUUGAGCCCGUCUUUGAGCUCAUGAUAGAUUAUCUAGCUCGUCCCAUCUGCCACGAGGCCUUCUACAAGAAGUACGCAAGCAAGAAGUUCAUGAAAGCUUCCCUUAUCACACGCCAGUGGGCAAGGAAGAAUGCGCCUAUCUUCGGCAUCACAGAUGUUAAGAUAUCGGUGGACGAGCUGUCGCAACUAGAUUACUAAAGCCUCUCACAUUCAACUUCUACAUACACAACAUAACGAUAUUCCUACAUUGGGAACCUUGUGCAGGGCUAGGAUACCCAAGGUCUCAUUGGAUGACGGCCUUACGAUAACAACUUGCAUGACGUUCUCGGCCUAUGACUCAUAAUCUUUCGACCCUGAAUUUCGGACCUCCAAAGUAGGCGUUCAACGUCUUAAUUCGGAUGUCCAAUCUUCUCCAACGCCC